AAACACAAAAGUCUUCGACGACCAAAGAACAAGAUCAUCCUCUGAUUUUUCAGACACAUAUUUGUAAUUUAUAAAGUUUGUAGCUUUUUCCUUAGCUUGAGAUUACACGAAGAAGAAGAAGAUGGAUGACGUUAAAGAUAAGCUAAAGGGAUUCAUGAAAAAAGUCAAUCUCUCUUCUUCUUCCGGCAAAUUCAAAGGCCAAGGUCGGGUUCUCGGAUCUUCUUCUUCUUCCUCUGCACCACCCGUUAACCCGAUUCAGAACCGGUUUAACUCUUCCCAAGCUCCCAAUCCGACUCCUAGACCCAAACCCAAUCCAAAUCCGUUGCCUGAGAAACCCUUAUCCUCCUCCGAUCAGAAGAUUAGUGGGUCAACGAGAAACCCGGAUCAUGACCCGGUUCGUGCUCCACAAGAUGGGUUUGACCCGUACGGUGCUUUCAUAACGUCUUCGAACAGAUCUCAGAACGGAUAUUCUCUGAGCAUGUUCGAGUGUCCGAUUUGUAAAAAUCCAUUCACGUCAGAGGAAGAAGUCUCUGUUCAUGUCGAGAGCUGUCUUGGGGACACUAAUGGAGACGAAUCUUCAUUUGAGAAGGAUAAUAAUGAUAACGAUAAAUCCGAAAUGGAGAAACUUGUGGUUGUGUAUCUCUCUGGGAAGCCAAGUGAGAGCUCUAUUGAUGUUUUGCUUAGGUUGUUUAAGAACAUAGUGAAAGAACCUGAGAAUGCUAAGUUUAGAAAAGUUAGAAUGAGUAAUGCUAAGAUUAAAGAAGCUAUUGGUGAUGUUGCUGGAGGUGUCGAGCUUCUUGAGUUGGUUGGUUUUGAAUUGAAAGAGGAAAAUGAUGAGAUUUGGGCUGUUAUGGAUGUUCCUAGUGAAGAACAAUCUAUAUUGAUCAAUAAAGUUGUCGGAUAUCUAGAAAAGAGAAAGACAGAGAGUUCAGGAUCUUCAGCUCAGGUUAUGGAACCUGUGGCUCCAAAGAAGAUUGAUAGAGAGAUUCGUGUCUUUUUCUCGGUUUCUGAAAACGUAGCAUCGAGAAUAGAGGUACCUGAUUCGUUCUAUAGUCUCUCGGCGGAUGAAAUAAAGAGAGAAGCGGAUUUACGGAGGAAAAAGAUUGCGGAGUCACAGCUUUUGAUUCCAAGAUCUUAUAAGGAGAAACAAGCGAAAGCAGCUAGAAAGAGAUACAAAAGAAGUAUGAUAAGAGUGCAGUUUCCUGACGGAGUUGUGCUUCAAGGUGUGUUUGCUCCAUGGGAACCUACUUUUGCUCUCUAUGAGGUUAACAUCUGAAUUCUCUUUGGGUUUUACUCAAUGAAGGCCAAAGUUUUUGAAAUUUCUGUGGUUUUUGUUUUCUUCUCAGUUUGUGAGCUCUGCUUUGAAAGAACCAAGUUUGCAGUUUGAGCUUCUGGAUCCUGUGCUGGUUAAACGGCGUGUGAUUCCACAUACUCCAGCCCCGGGACAGAAACCGAUAACGUUAGAGGACGAAGAGCUUGUUCCGUCAGCGCUCAUCAGGUUCAGACCGAUCGAAACAGACUCUCUCGUCUUUACAGGACUCCGCAAUGAACUCCUGGAGAUCAGUGAACCACUCUCGUGAUCAUUUGUGUUCCACUGAUGAUUUAGCUUGAGCCCAUGAAAUAAGUUUACAAAUUUAGGUUUCUCUCUUAUAUGGUGUGAUUUGAUGAUGAUUUGUGUUUGUGAUUCGAGCACAUUUUAUAGGUUUAUAAGAAAUUUGUGUCAUUUGCACAAUAAGAAGAAUCAUAAAUUUGAAGGUCCUUCAUUUGUUAAUACUAUAACAAAAC